AUGCCCACAUCAGGGUAUGUUUCCCAACAUGGAUACAAUGUUUUGCCUUCAGAGACUAAUCGGCCAACAUCUAGCGUCUCUCGCACAAUUACUCACAACCUUGCAGACUCACAAUCUUCAUCAUCAUCUACUUCACAACUUGGAAUGCCGAGUUUCUGCCUUCAAGGUAAUGUUUCUGAGCCUAACACUCCUACCACAAAUCAGUCAGCUACACCUGGUCAGGUCCUUACACAAGUUGGCGUGAUGGAUAUGCAUAAUAGACUUGUCAUUGAACCUGACGGCUAUACUUUCAAUCCAGAUGAUGUUGUGGGGAUUAUUUCUCAGAAAAAAUGUGUUUGGCGUUCGGAACAUGAGGUCAAAAUUUGUGCAAACUUUCUCAAGAGAGUUGCGCAUGUUCUCGCUAGUUUGUUAAAUAAAGCUCGUAAAAAUAAUAAGAAACCUCGGUGGAUUCUAUUGGAUGAUUGGGAAAAAUUGCUUGUGCAUUGGGCGAAUGAUCCAAGAUUUAAGCGGACGAGUGAGAUCGGAAAGAAGGCUAGAUCAUCUACUAAGGGUGGUUAUCUACACACAAGUGGGGCUCAAAGUCAAGGAAGUGUGAGGAGGAAGUUGGAAAAGGGACUAGGAAGACCGGUAACUCAGGCUGAGGCAUUCAAGACAACACACAUAAGAAAGAAGAAAAAUCCCGAAGAUCCAAACGUGUGGGUUGAGCCGCGAGCUGAAGUAACCUAUAAUCGAUAUCUUCAAGCUUUGGAGGAUUUACGACAAACUCAGCCAGAAGAAAAUCGAGGCCUAAGUAGUUCCCAUGAUGAUAAAUCGAUGAAGAAAAUUUUGGCUAUGGAGCAAAAGAUUAUUGAGCUAUCUAGCCAAGUCGAAGACUCGCGGGUUAGGGAAAGACGAAGGGAGUUAGAGUGUGCAGGUCUUAAGGCUCAAUUCGAUGCAUUACGUGGUUCGGGAGGGAUUCCCCCUUGUUCCAGUGUUGUCACUUUCCCUCCUCGACCCUCUCAAUCUGAACCUACUCAAUAUUCAGUGUAUGAUCAACAAAGAAAUAUGACAGAUGAGUCUAUUAGUGAUGAAGAAGAUGAUGAUCAUAUGGCAGACACACUACCACAUUAA